AUGAGGAGGACAAAGAUCAGGAUGGCAAUGCUCACGAGGAACUGCGCCCUGAGGAGACGCUCUACCUGUUUCCAACUCCCGACGAAAAUCAGCUUCGAGGGGCGCAUCGUUCCCGGGGCGAGGACUUGCUGGAUCUCCUUCCCUGCAGAGUACGCGGCCUGCUGGGACAUGUUGACGCGCAAGUCGCCAACGGAAUCCGUGGCCUGCAUCUUCCAAGCCAACGAGGACGCAGGUGAUGACAAGCCGGAGCCAGAUCCCGGUUGCGGAGAAGAGGAUCGCGGAAAAGGCUGGCAGAGCAAGUGGCUCGAGAAGGUUCGCGAAGCUGUCGGGAAAGGUCAGCGCUUGAAGGUGGCCCUUCCGCCCGGCCAGCUAGGUGCGACGCAGAAGAUGGAGCUGGCAAAGGCCGAGGAGAUGGGCUGGAGCUACGAAGUGGUGGAUGUCUUCGAUGUGCUGGAGGAGCAGUUUCCAAAAGGCCAUUUGGUCGACGCCUGGUGCGAGACCACGAAGUCCUGGCUCAGAGCCACGGUCGAGAAGCAGGAUGCCGUGGACAUUGAGCAGGAGGACGGUUGCAGCGACACCGUGGUGCGAUGGACGCUGCGACGUCAGCUCAGUAAAGAGAUCUUCGAUUCCUCGUGCAUUUGCAGUACCUCUGCGACCAUGAAAGCCAUGCUGGAUUGCGUGGGCGAUGCAAAGCUGCGAGGGAUCCUGAUGGAGUGCCUUCCACACGUAGAUGUGCUGGACAUCGGCACCCAUCGGCUUCGCCCGGAUCUUGUGGCCCUGCGAGCAAAGCUGCACAUCAAAUCCAUCGGAACCCUGCAGAAGCUCAGAAAUCGAGUCCUCGAUGGCGAGCUCGAGCGAGAGAUCAACGGCAGGCUUGCAGAUCCGCGCUGGGAGGUGGGAGUCAGCAAAUCCCAGUUUCUGCGAAUGUACGACUCCAGCCUCAGGGCCCUCGACAAGCUGACGCGUCACCAGAGAGAGCGUCUCAGUGUCAUCAGAGGCUCGGACAUGGUGCACUUGUCGGCUCCCGCCGGGGCCGGCAAGACCUUCGUGGCGGUCGAGCGGGUGAUCGAUGCUUUGAAUCCGGCAGCUGAUGAGCCCGCUCCUCGCGUCCUCUAUGUCGCCGCUACCGUCGAGCUGAUCUACUACUUCGUCCAGUGGCUGGCUGUGCGCAUCGAAUCUCAGAGGAAGGAUGUGGGGCUCCUUUCUGGGUUGCUGGUCCUUUUCAAGCCAUACAAACAGCUCCUACAGCUUCGCAUGCCUGCCGUGCUGCAAGAGGGGCGCAUCGAAUUCGAUGAUCACGACAAGAAUGACAAGCUCGAUCUCCUUGUCAUUGACGAGUGCCACAGCAUGUACCAAGACGGAGUGGACCGCGGCAUAAUUGACGAUCUGCAUUGCAGCAGAAGGCUCCUUCUGUCGGACAACGCCCAAUCUUCUGCCGUGACGGCCACAUUUCCAGAAAUGCAGAAGGUGCAGAUGACAGAGGUUGUCCGGAGCACAAGGCAGAUCGUUUUAGGUGCUGCGUCGUUCCAGGUCAAUGCCGAAGCCGCCGUGCCCGCCGGCACCGAUGGCCCGCCAGUGAAGUCCUACAUCUUUGAGGCUCCGAAGGACGACGAGGAGGAGCGGAUGAAGCAGUAUGCCCGGCGCGUGAUGGAUGCCAUCGUGCAUGUUGACAACGUGUAUUCGGGCGUCAGCCUGCACAAGAGGCUUGCGCUGUUCGUUCCAAACGAAAAGUUCCUGACGAAGUUGAAGAAGGUCUUGAGCCCGUUGCUGUGCGACGGACUCCCAGACCGAAAGUUCCGCUUCGUCAAGCAGGGGGAGUCCUUGCGCUGGCUGCCUGAGUCGCUUCGCAGUGCUGGCAGGCCACGAGCUGAGGAGCAGGAGGAGCGACGGCAGGAAGAGAUCAUCCUCGACACCGUCGACGUGGUGGACGGGCUGGAGCAUCUCAUCGUGAUUUGCGUGGGGCUCGAUGCACCGAUUCAGGGCGAGGCCCGCGAUCUCGUGACACGCGCGGACCUCUACAAGGGCCUCACGCGAGCUCAGCUGCUCGCUGUCGUGGUGAGCGAGGAGGUCGAGGACGGAUGGUUCUCGUUUCUGAGCAGCGUCCGCUACGAAGAUGGCAACAAGCAGUCGAAGGAGGAGGCCCCAUCGAAGUACCAGUCCCAUGCCGCAGCAAAGGUUUGGCAGGCUGCCGCCGCAGAUGCCCUGCAGAAGCCGGCAAAGCAGGAAGCCGCUUCGGAGAAGCCGAUGCGCCCUCAGCCAGAGGUCGCACGGAAGACAAAAACACCCGCCGCCUCCCGUCAAAAAAAGGUGCCGCAGCAGGUGUCCAACAUCUGGGACGCUCGGAGCAACGAGGUCUCAGGUCCCAAGAAGCCGGCCUUCGACCCGCUGAGAGCUGCCAAGGUGCAGUCGCUGGCCGACCUGUUGAAGGAAGACGUGGAGAAGCUCCGGGGCGCCGAUGUCGAGGCCCAGGUGUAUGCGGCAGAGGAGCUUAUGGUGGCAAGUAUGAAGGCACUUCACAACUACGACAACCGGGCCUCCAUCGCAGCAGCGGGGGCGAUCCCUCCCCUGGUGGAGCUGCUGAGCAGCAGCACUCCCGAGGCCCAGGCAGCAGCGGCAGGUGUACUUCGGAAUUUGGCGGCAGACGACUACGACAACGAUGUGCUCAUUGCCGAGGCCGGCGGGAUCCCUGCCUUGGUGGAGCUGCUGAGGAGCAGCACUCCCGAGGUCCAGGCAGCAGCGGCAGGUGUACUUCGGAAUUUGGCGGCAGACGACUACGACAACGAUGUGCUCAGCGUGCUCAUUGCCGAGGCCGGCGGGAUCCCUGCCUUGGUGGAGCUGCUGAGGAGCAGCGAUCCCAAGGAUCCCACUGUCCAGCGGAACGCUGCAGGGGCGCUUAAGAAUCUAUCAGCAAACGCAGACAACAAGGCCCUCAUCGCCAAGGCCGGUGGGAUCCCUCCGCUGGUGAGUUGUCUGACGACAGGUACGGCGUGGGCCCAGCAAAAAGCUGCAGCAACUCUUGGCAAGUUGGCGAUGGAUUGGACAUUCGUCGAGCCCGACAUCGUCCCCCUGCCGGAGGCCAGCGAAAUCGCCGAGGCCAACCGGGCCUUGAUCGCAUCAGCUGGAGCGAUCCCCCGACUGAUUGCGCUUCUGAUGGACGGCGGGGAGUGUGUGGAGGUCGCCGCAUAUGCGCUUCGGCCAUUCUCGUCCAGCGAGGACACCCGUGUGGCCAUAGUGGAUGCUGGUGCGAUCCCCGUACUUGCAAAUUUGCUGACUCGUAGCCGGUUCUUUUGGCAGCACAGCAUCGUUGGGAUCUUGAACGACCUCGCCGAGAACAUGGAAAACGUGGCGGCCAUCGUCGAAGCUGAGGCAGUCCCUGGCCUGGUGGAAGUGAUGGGCAAUAACCGCAACACGAAAGCCCAGGAGCUGGCCGCGGAACUUCUCCUCAAGUUGUGCGCCCAUUCCCUGGGCCUCAGCGAGGCGAAGGCUUCGGGUGCCUUGGGCGUUGCGGCUCAGCUCGAAGUGUCCGGGACGCCGGAGGCGCAGGAGGCCGCGAAGCGGCUGGUGGCACUGCUGCGGCCGGGGCGCUGA